GGUGAUCUCCUGCAGGGGACCAACAGCUCUCUCUCAGGUUUAUGGAAACCUGACCUCCCAUUGGUGGAGAAGUGCAUGAGGAAACCAGCUCUGCUGCAGAGGACAGGUUUAGUCAUAAGAGUGCUUUGCAACAUCCAGGAAAAUGUCUGGCUCCUACGAUGAAUUUGCAGUUGCUGACGACACCAUGGACAGCUUCUGGGAGGUGGGGAACUACAAACGUGCUGUCAAGAGAGUUGAUGACGGCCAUCGGCUCUGCAAUGACCUCAUGGGCUGCCUGCAGGAGCGUGCCAAGAUAGAAAAAUCGUACGGCGAUCAGCUAACUGCAUGGUCCAAGAGAUGGAGGCAGCUCAUUGAGAAAGGCCCACAGUACGGCUCCGUGGAGAGAGCCUGGCUGGCUGUGAUGACCGAGGCGGAGAAGGUGAGUGAGCUGCACCAAGACGUGAAGAACAACCUGAUGAACGAGGACGUGGAGAAGGUGAAGAACUGGCAGAAGGAGGCCUAUCACAAGCAGAUGAUCGGAGGCUUCAAAGAGGCCAAGGAGGCGGACGAAGGCUUCAAGAAGGCUCAGAAACCAUGGGCCAAAAAGCUCAAGGAGAUGGAGGCAGCUAAGAAAACAUACCACAUGGCCUGCAAGGAGGAGAAGCUGGCUGUGGCCCGCGAGGCCAACGGCAAGACUGAGGCUUCUGUCACAGCAGACCAGCAGAAGAAACUCCACGAGAAGGUGGACAAAUGCAAACAGGAUUCCCAGAAGGCUAAAGAAAAGUACGAGAAGUCUCUGGAGGAGCUGAAUAAGUGCACCCCGCAGUACAUGGAGUGCAUGGAGCAGGUGUUCGACCAGUGCCAGCAGCAUGAAGUCAGGAGGCUGACCUUCCUCAAAGAGGCCUUGCUGGACAUCAAACGCCAUCUUAACCUCACCGAGAACCAAAGCUAUGCCACAAUAUACAGAGAACUGGAGCGCACCAUCCUGUCUUCAAACACACAAGAGGACCUGAAGUGGUUCAGCAACAACCACGGCCCUGGGAUGCAUAUGAACUGGCCUGCAUUUGAGGAAUACAACCCAGAACAGGCUGCUGCUCCUCCAAAGAAGAAGAAACCAGACGGAGCCCCACCCACUCCGAGCACCGACCAUGUGGCUCCCCCUGGUGACCGUAGCAGUGUGAGCAGCUAUGAGAAAAACCAAGCUUACUCGACUGAGUGGUCCGACGAUGAGCAGCCCGCCACGUACUCUGGCAACGAAAACGGCGGGAACGGGAAUUCUUUUGAAGAAGAUUCCGGCUCUGGGAAAGCGGUCCGUGUCCGCGCGCUCUAUGAUUACGAAGGCCAGGAACAGGAUGAGCUCACCUUCAAAGCAGGUGAUGAACUGACCAAGACCGAGGACGAAGACGAGCAAGGCUGGUGUAGAGGUCGUUUGGACAGCGGCCGAGAGGGACUGUACCCGGCCAAUUAUGUCGAGCCAAUCUAGUCCCGGUAACUGGACAAGGACACGCCAUUGGAGGCAGCUUGAACUGUCCCGUCCAAUUGCAUCGCACAUAGCCAGAGACUUAAGAGCAACACAUCCCUUGCCCAACAGAUGCGCCAAGCAGUCUUGCCUAAAUAAAAAACUUAGUAACCUAAAAAGACAAUAUAUCAGUAUAAUAUAUUUUAUCCAGCAUUUGGGGUGGGUGGACUUACACAUUUAAA